UUUAGAUAAAUAUGUUUUAUUGAAUUAAAAUUGUUGUAAACUGUCUGAAAUAUUUAUGUUUUUCGAAAAUCACGUGUAUGAAAACCUGUUAUUACUGUACGAUAAAACCUGUAAGUGUGCAAUAGUUUUGAAAUCUUUCUGGGAAACGUGCAAAUAAAUGCUACGAUCUGCUCUACGAAUUUUAUUGCGGCGUUACAGAUUCACCAGUAUACAGAAGCCAAACCAACUGUCAACAACCUCUAUUACACAACUCCCACACUUAACCAUGGAUGCCGCGAACAUAGCUAAAAUUGACGAUGGAAUUGACAUUAAGAACUCCGAGGGCAGUGAAGCAAACUCUGGUCUUGUGUCUGGACCAAAGAGAAAAGUUGCUAUGUUGUUCGCAUACUGUGGAGCAAACUACCACGGUCUUCAAAUGAACAGAGGGGAAAGAUGGAUCAAAACUAUAGAAGGAGAUUUAUUUCAAGCUCUUGUUGACGCUAAAGUUGUUCCUUCUAAUUGUGUGCAAGAACCUCACAAGAUGACGUAUAAAAGCGCAUCAAGGACAGAUAAGGGAGUUUCUACAUGUGGACAAGUUGCUUCACUCAAGUUAAGAUUGAACGAAAAUGUAGUUGGUUUGAUCAACCAACAUCUGCCAGAAGAUAUUGUUGUUAUGGCUGUGCGCCGCACAACCCAGGGGUUCAAUGCCCAACUUAAAGCAGAGGGCCGUACAUAUUCAUACACUCUCCCUACUUUUGCAUUCGCUGAUUAUGGGACGGGAAACACUUCGUAUAAAAUAACGGAAGACAAACUUCUGAAAGUAAAGUCAAUCUUGUAUCGAUACAAAGGGACCCAUUCCUUCCACAACUUUACCUCAGGAAAACGCAUGGGUGAAAUGAGCGCUCAAAGGUUUAUCAUUGAGUUUGAACAUGGGGACCCAUUCUUGGUGCAAAAUGUGGAAUUUAUUACAUUGACUAUAAAGGGUCAAAGCUUCAUGCUUCAUCAAAUCAGAAAGAUGAUCGGGUUACUAAUAGCAAUGGUGAAUGGAUUGGCCAAAGAACAACAUUUUAUUCGAGCGUUUUCUGAACCCCUUGAAGACAUACCUAAAGCUCCUGGAACGGGUCUUGUAUUGGAGAAAGUCCAUUACGAUGGCUUCAACAAAGGCCCAGCGAAGCAACAUGGUGGGGUCGACUUCACUGAUGUCCAAGACAAGAUUGAUGAGUUCAGAAAAACGAGGAUAUUUCCCUAUAUUUAUAAGAAAGAAAUUGAAGAGUCGUCCAUGUUGGACUGGUUGGAAACUUUGUCACGUCAUGAUUACUCGGGGAAAUCUUCCAAGGAACAAUGGGAGUAUCAAGUUAAAGAAUGGAGUAAAAAGAAAUUGGAAAAUGAAACAAAAACCGAAGACGCAACUGAAUCUGUGAAAGUUAAAUCACUAGUGCCACCUAAUGACUGUAAAUCUACUGAAUGCCUUCCCUUAGAUGGCAGUAAAGAGGAAUCGAGUUUGAAUAAAGAAACCAAUGACACAUCUGAAUCAAAAAAAUCUGAAAAAGUUGUAUCACUAACGCCACCUAAUGACUGUAAAUCUACUGAAUGCCUUCCCUUAGAUGGCAGUAAAGAGGAUUUAAGUUUGGAUAAAGAAACUCCUGGUCAUGAUGUCACAAACGGUUUGAAAAAUGAAGACUGUUCUGUUAACAAGAAACUUAAUGAGGUCAUGAAUGGGGCAAUUGUGACAUCAGAACCAGUAGCGAAAAAACAAAAGACUUCUAUGACAUAGCGAUAUAUGUGAUUGUCAUUUUUAACUGCCAUCGUUUUAUAAUAAAUUAAGUUUUGUGCAGAAAAUCAUUGUUUAUGUCGAGCUGUUGAAGCUAUUGUAGUGUGUGGAUAAACAGACAUGACUUUC